AUGCGCCCUCAGGCGCUUGGACUGGCCCAACGGCCUCACAUUGUGAUUGCAACGCCAGGUCGACUAGCGGAUCAUAUUAAGACAUCCGGAGAAGAUACUAUCGUUGGACUCAAGCGCGUCCGCAUGGUAGUUCUUGAUGAAGCAGAUCGCCUUCUUGUGAGUGGACCAGGAAGUAUGCUUCCUGACGUGGAGACAUGUUUGUCUGCGCUUCCACCAUCAACAGAUCGUCAGACUCUCCUGUUUACGGCAACCGUAACCCCUGAAGUACGGGCAUUAAAAUCAAUGCCUCGUGCAAAGAACCGACCUCCAAUUUUUGUGACUGAAAUCUCGACGGAAAAUACAACAAUACCCCCGACACUAAAGCAAAGUUAUCUUCAAGUACCGCUCAACCACCGUGAGGCGUUUCUACACGUUCUCCUAUCUACAGAGCGAAAUUCUUCGAAACCCACCAUCAUCUUCUGCAACCGAACCAAGACUGCUGACCUCUUGGAGCGUAUGCUCCGUCGGCUGUCACAUAGAGUCACUUCACUUCACAGUCUGCUACCUCAGUCUGAGCGGACAGCUAAUCUUUCCCGUUUCCGUGCCUCCGCGGCUAGGCUGCUCGUCGCAACCGAUGUAGCUGCUCGUGGUUUAGAUAUCCCUUCUGUUGGGCUAGUCAUCAACUAUGAUGUUCCCAGGAAUCCCGAUGAUUAUAUUCAUCGGGUUGGUCGUACUGCUCGAGCCGGGCGAGAGGGUGAAGCCAUAACUCUUGUUGGACAAAGAGAUGUCCAGCUGAUUCUAGCGAUCGAGUCUCGGGUAGGGAAACAAAUGACAGCAUGGGAAGAGCCAGGGGUGAACCUAGAAUCUCGAAUUGUGAAGAGUACGGUUUUGAAAGAAGUUGGCUCGACGAAACGAGAAGCGAUGGGCGAGAUUGACGAAGGAAGAGAUGUAUUAGGCCGUAGGGUUAGGAAGUUGAAAAAGGUCCGUUAG